UCUCCCUCUCCUCUUCCCAUAUACAGUAUAUAUUAUCACUUUGUGAUACAUCAUCGCACACGCACUUGCACACAACACUCGAAUAUUAUACGUGCGUGCAAUGGGAGAGGAUCAACGAGAGCGAGGAGAUGGAAAAGGAGAUCAGAAGGUGGCGUUCUACAGGCUUUUCUCGCUCGGGGAUAGGCUGGAUACCGGGUUGAUGAUCGUCGGGACGAUCUCGGCUACGUUGAAUGGGUUGGCGCAGCCCUUUCUGACGUUGAUUUUCGGCAAUGUGAUUAACUCCUUCGGUACCUCUGAUCCUUCCCAUGUUCUGCAUGAAGUUUCUAAGGUAUCCCUAAAGCUCUUCUACUUGGCCAUUGGUGCUGGAAUUGCUUCAUUUCUACAGGUGUCCUGUUGGAUGGUUACCGGAGAAAGACAGACAACACGCAUACGAGGGUUGUACUUGAAAACAAUACUAAGGCAGGACAUUGCAUUCUUUGACACCGAAACAACCACUGGAGAGGUCAUAGGCAGAAUGUCUGGUGACACUAUUCUCAUCCAAGAUGCUAUGGGCGAAAAGGUAGGGAAGUUCAUACAACUCAUGUCUACAUUUAUUGGAGGCUUCACCAUUGCCUUUGCAAGAGGGUGGCUUCUCUCUUUAGUCUUGCUUUCAUGCCUUCCUCCUCUAGUCAUUGCUGGAGGAGCAAUGGGGAUAAUCAUGACGAAAAUGUCUAGCCGCGGACAACUUGCUUAUGCCGAGGCUGGUAAUGUCGUUGAACAAACAGUCGGAGCCAUUCGAACAGUGGCAUCCUUCACCGGGGAGAACCUAGCAAUAAAUAAGUACAACAGCAAACUACAGGUUGCUUAUGCCACUGCAGUUAAACAAGGGCUGGCCUCAGGCAUAGGACUCGGUACACUGCUACUGAUAAUUUUCAGCAGUUACGGACUUGCCAUAUGGUACGGAUCAAAACUGAUCAUUGAGGAAGGAUAUAAUGGUGGAGUAGUAAUCAACAUCAUCAUGGUGAUCAUGAUGGGUGGGAUGUCAUUGGGCCAGACAUCUCCGUGUUUGAAUGCAUUUGCUGCAGGGCAAGCUGCAGCAUACAAGAUGUUUGAGACAAUCAAGCGUAAGCCAAAGAUUGAUGCAUAUGACAACAGUGGGAUGGUAAUGGAAGAUAUCAAGGGUGAAGUAGAACUGAAAGAUGUGUUCUUCCGAUACCCGUCCAGGCUGGAAGUUGAGAUAUUUUCUGGAUUCUCCUUAAAAGUUUCAAGUGGUACAACUGCAGCUUUAGUUGGGCAAAGUGGAAGUGGGAAGUCAACAGUUAUCAGUCUGUUGCAGAGAUUCUAUGACCCUGACGCUGGUGAAGUUCUUGUAGAUGGUGUCAAUCUCAAACAGUUUCAGCUCAAAUGGAUAAGAGAAAGGAUGGGUCUAGUUAGUCAAGAACCUGUUUUGUUUGCCACGACAAUAGGGGAGAAUAUAGCUUAUGGGAAGGAAAAUGCUACAAAUGAGGAGAUUAGGACAGCGAUUGAGCUUGCUAAUGCUGCGAAGUUCAUCGACAAGCUACCAAAGGGGCUUGACACCAUGGUAGGAGAGCAUGGAACUCAACUAUCGGGAGGACAAAAGCAAAGAAUAGCAAUUGCAAGAGCCAUUUUAAAAAACCCAAAAAUCCUUCUUCUUGAUGAAGCAACAAGCGCCCUGGAUGCAGAAUCAGAACGGAUUGUACAAGAUGCACUGACAAACAUUAUGUCAAGUAGAACUACCGUAGUCGUCGCACAUCGUUUGACGACUAUCAGAAAUGCCGACCUUAUAGCAGUGGUACAAUCUGGGAAAAUCGUGGAGCAAGGAACUCAUACUGAAUUGAUCAAGGCUCUAGACGGGGCUUACUCCCAGCUAGUUCACUUACAAGAAGGGGCCAAUAAAGGAGAAGAUCCACAAAGAAUGGAAAAAGAUAAUCCAGAUACAAGACAAGAUGUGGAAGGACCCAUGGGGAGAUCCAUAAGUAGAGGUUCAUCAAGUAGCCGGCGGUCUUUUUCGUUGAGCUUUCCACUUCCUGCCCCCAUUGGAUUCUUUCACACAGAAAUAGAAGUAGAGAAACCUCGCGAAGUAUCCAUUAGGCGGCUGGCCUAUCUCAACAAACCUGAGUUGCUGGUUUUGCUGCUUGGAUCCAUCGCUGCAGCCAUACACGGUGUAAUCUUCCCCAUAUACGGACUCCUAAUUUCAACAGCCAUUAAAAUUUUUUACGAGCCUCAGAGUGAGCUCAAAAAGGAUUCAGUGUUUUGGGCUUGUAUGUAUGUCACCCUGGGGUUAGUUACUCUAGUAGUCGUUCCAUUUCAGAAUUACUUCUUCGGAGUUGCAGGUGGGAAAUUGAUACAGCGGAUUCGAUCCUUGUGUUUUGAGAAGGUCGUGAACCAAGAAAUUGCUUGGUUUGAUGACCCCAAAAAUUCAAGUGGUGCAGUUGGUGCAAGGUUAUCGACUGAUGCUUCAACAGUGAGGAGUCUUGUGGGUGAUGCUUUGGCCCAAGUUGUCCAAAACAUAGCAACAGUUAUAGCAGGACUUGUCAUAUCAUUCACAGCUAAUUGGCUACUAGCUCUCAUCAUUCUAUUGGUGUUGCCCUUGGUGGGUUUGCAAGGAUUCUUUCAAAUGAAAUCCUUGAAAGGGUUUAGCGAAGAUGCAAAGGUGAUGUACGAAGAUGCAAGCCAAGUUGCAAAUGAUGCCGUUGGCAGCAUUAGAACAGUUGCAUCAUUUUGUGCCGAGAAGAAGGUGAUGGAAAUGUACCAAAGAAAAUGUGAGGGACCCCAGAAACAUGGAAUUAGGACGGGACUUGUGAGUGGUGCUGGUUUUGGCUCCAGCUUUUUUUUACUAUACUGUACAAAUGCCUUUUGUUUCUACAUUGGAGCUCUUUUGGUGCAACAUGGCAAAGCUACAUUUGGAGAAGUUUUCAAGGUUUUCUUUGCUUUGACAAUCUCAGCAAUGGGCGUUUCCCAGAGUACUGCUUUGGCUCCAGACACUACCAAAGCCAAGGAUUCUGCUGCUUCUAUCUUUGAAAUCCUUGACAGAAAGCCCAAGAUUGAUUCAAGUAGCACUGAGGGUGCAACCCUAGAAAUUGUAAAGGGUGAUAUUGAGUUAAAACAUGUCAGCUUCAAGUAUCCGACAAGACCCGAUGUUCAAAUUUUCCGAGAUUUAUGUUUGAACAUUCCUUCUGGAAAGACAGUUGCUCUUGUCGGGGAGAGUGGUAGCGGAAAAUCCACAGUGAUUGGCCUAAUAGAGAGGUUCUAUGAUCCUGACUCUGGCCAUAUACUUCUAGAUGGGGCAGAUGUCCAAAAGUUAAAACUGAGUUGGCUGAGGCAACAAAUGGGACUCGUAAGCCAAGAACCAAUACUCUUCAAUGAAACAAUCAGAACAAACAUCGCUUAUGGGAAGCAAGGAGAGGCUACCGAACAAGAGAUCAUCACAGCAACGAGAGCUGCAAAUGCACACACCUUCAUAACAGGAUUGCCACAUGGGUAUGACACAAACGUAGGGGAAAGAGGGGUGCAAUUGUCAGGUGGGCAGAAGCAGAGGAUUGCCAUUGCAAGGGCGAUACUGAAAGACCCGAAGAUCCUAUUGCUUGAUGAAGCAACGAGUGCAUUGGAUGCAGAGUCGGAGAGCGUGGUUCAAGAUGCGUUGGAUCAGGUGAUGGUGAACCGGACAACAGUUGUCGUCGCUCACCGACUCACAACGAUUAAGGGAGCAGAUAUAAUCGCGGUUAUGAAGAGUGGUGUGAUUGCUGAGAAGGGAAAACAUGAGGUCCUCAUGAAGAUAACUGAUGGGGUUUACGCAUCUCUUGUUGCACUUCAUAUGACUUCCUCAUUGUAGGCAUGCCAAUGAGUUAAUGGACAUAAGUUUAUCCAUUAAUUUGGCUCCUAUGGAUUCAUGAGUACUAUUUUGCCAACUUAA